CAUUCGACAACAAGUCUUGUAGACGACAACAUGUCGAAACUUUUUAUUGUGUUUUUGCUUAUCGCUGUUAGCCUGUGCAGGGGUCAGGAAAAGAACUGCAAUGACCCAAUGGAGCCCGGCCUGUGCUAUGGAAAUAAUGACAGAUUCUACUUCGACACUAGUUCGGGUGCGUGCACGCAGUUCGUCUACGGCGGGUGCGGCGGCAACGGCAACAACUACGAAACUUUAGAAGAAUGUCAAGAUAAAUGCGAAAAUUAAAAUUGUAAAUAGACUAA